AUGGGCUUGGGACGCCGCGUCCGUCACUUCAUUGCGUUCGUCCUCGUGACGCUGUCGUCCUACCUCAUCUUUUUCCAGCUGCUCUCACACCUCACCCCUUCAUGGCCCCAUGUGUUCGCCCUCCCCCGCUACAAGGGGUACACAUCGCAAUACUCGUUUGAUCUCGACAAGGCCAAGCACCCUACCUGGAUGGCCUCUAUCCCGGACUCCGCCAACCUAAGCAGCCUUUCCAUCCCCGGCAGCCACGACACUUUUACGUCCAAGGUUCCACUCAUUGGGUAUCAGACGCAGAAUUUUGACCUGCAAGACCAGCUGCGCGCCGGACUGCGGUACUUUGACGUGCGCACAAGGCUCGCGAAUGACACGCUGCGUAUCUACCACGGCAGCGUGGACACCGGCUGGACGUACGUCGAUGUGAUUCUCGCGCUGUUUGACUUCUUGGACAAGCACCCCACCGAGGCAAUCGUCAUGCGCCUCAAGGAGGAGGGCGUGCCGUUCGGCCACCCCACCAAGACCUUCGAACAGGCCGUCCUGCACCACUGGUGGAAGGACCCCGUGACGGCCCCCGGAUGUCAAAAGCAUUUCUACGAGUGGCCUCUUCUGGCCCGCGCUGGGUACAACGUCACCUCUUAUGACGACCACGGUGUCGUUUUCGAGGUCCUCCCCACCCUCGGAGCCAUGCGCGGCAAGAUCAUCAUCCUACAGGAGUUUGACUCCGUAGGUGGACCGUGGGGCGUCCCCUGGAAGUCAUCACACAUUGAGCUCGAGGACCUGUGGAUCAUUGUAGACGUCGAGCAUCUCGAUGACAAAUGGGAUGCCAUCACUGCCAAUCUCCAGAAGGCGGCCAACAAUACCCACCCUGGAGCACUGUACCUCACGCACCUGAGCGCCAGUGUCGGUGUUCUGCCCAUCGAGGCGGCGGCUGGUCCGCUGAACACCACGAUCGUCGGCAUGAAUGACCGGACGGGCAAGUAUCUCGCCGAGAAGAGCAAUGCAAAGGCGCUGGACGGGAAAACAGGCAUCGUCAUGGCGGAUUUUGAGGGUGCCGGGUUGGUCGAUGCUAUUUUGGCGCACAAUGAAUGGCUUAAGAAAUGA